UCCACUAUCUGGGCAUGCUAAGACUUAUAGUUCCACUGCAGCCGAAGGGCUACAGGUUGCCUGUCCGUGCAUUAUGAUCAUUUAGAUGAGACAGCAGCCGGCCAAGUGGCAUUCCUUCCUUCCCUGCACUAGGAGCAGCAAGGCACCAACCAUUCCAGAUGUCUGCCCUCUCCCCCACCUAAAGCACUGUGACUGCAGACUCCAUCCGGUCCUAGUGCCCGGUGCUUGCACCUACUCCUUUCUUUUGUUCCAUGAAACCAAGGACACACACAUUCAAGUAGGAUGUAUGACCCCUGUCUUCGAGCCUACAUUAAUAUCCAUUGAUCAUGAUCAGUAUGAGCUGCACGGGGUGAUAGGCACAAAGGUGCACCCUAUUGUUUUUCUUCUAUUGUAUUGGCUUGGUUUUCAUGAAGCAGAUGAGCAAUACGAGGCAAGAACAGAGCAAGAUGGGUCUAUGAGAGCCACCAGAGUACCCUGUGGAACCUAUGAAAUUAGGAUGGCUGGCAGAAAUCUGAUGGACAGUGUAUAAAAAACGUUAUAUGAUGACGUCUCCAAAUCAAACCAAACAAUAUCAUCAGCCAUGGACAACUAAUUAUUUGGAUCAUAGUAAGGAGUGGACUGAACCGAUCAAUCCAAUGUACAACUCUGUGACUAGGAAACAGGUGUGGGCUUCUGGCAUUGAGCCUCUAGAAAGAGAAACAUGUGGCUUGCUUGUAUCUCAGCAGAGCUAUGGCUACAGAUCUGACGGCACAGACAUGAGAGAGGAACCGGGUUUUCCAAUUUUAUACAAUUAUUUUGAUAACAUGCAUCGUAAAUGUCUACCUGACGAUGUAACAACAUCACAUUGGAUUGCGACUGGAACAGAACUCAUCAAAUUGGAUCCUGGACCAAUUUCAAGAUCAUUUCUCACAUCACCUUGGAAUGUUAUCCAGAAUUCUUCUGAGGCAAUGAUAAACUAUGGAUGUGACGUUGAAGGUAAGCAGACACAACAUUCAUAUUGCGGAAAUCCAUCCAUGAAGGUAGUGAAAAGCACUGACAGUGAUAUUGCAUCUGCAAGGGAUUCUUAUUGUAUCAAGACAAGCUCAUCUUCAGAUAUUUGUAGUCAAGACCAACCAUCUAUGAUGUCCAUUUCAGACUUUAGUGAAGAUGGUAAAGUUGAAAUGACCAACACCCACCCUUUACUCCCUAUUACUCAAAACAGAGCCCUCCAAUACCAACUUAAAGAGUCAGAGACAUGUUUUACAGAAGAAAACAAGUUCCUGUUGAUAGAUGCUCAGGGAGUUCCAUAUACUGUUUUCAAGAAGGAUCUUGUAAAGUCACCAAACAAUUCUGAUGAACCAGCUGAGAUAUCAUUGCAGGUUCCCAGAAAAUUUCAUUAUUGUCUGGUCUGUUUUAGGUCAUUCUUGUAUGUCUCUGAUCUGGAACGUCAUAGCAUCACCCACUCAGAGCGCAAACCCUUCGAUUGUAAAGUUUGUGGAAAGAGCUUCAAACGGUCAUCUCAUCUACAACGUCACAAGCAUAUCCACACUGGUGACCGGCCAUUCCUAUGUGACAUUUGCCAGAAAGGAUUUAGAGAAUCUGGUGAACUACAAAGACACCAAAGAGUGCAUACUGGGGAAAAGCCUUACCAGUGUGAACUUUGUUAUCUCCGCUUUACAGAACGAAACACCCUCCGCAGGCACAUAAAGAGGAAACAUCCAACGCAAUUUCUGCACCAGCAGGAUGCGGGGGACAGCAGUGACUGGGAAGAGAACCUCAAGUAAAUUCCUGUAGAUGACAGACUGUAAUUUAAGCAAAUGCAUCUCACUGUUCCUUACUCAUGGAUAAAAUAGAAACAGAAGAAUUGGAUAGCUGUGCAAAGAAUUAGUUGCUCAGCAGGUCCAAGCUGCAACCUCAGUUUAUGGAUACUAGAAUCUAAUAAUUAAUAGGAAAAUCAAAAUAAUGACUUGAUUUUGCAGGUGCAACUAGUAUAUUGAACUAAUCAACCAAAAAGAUUUUUAACACAAGACCCAAAUUUCAGACUAUGCUAUCAAUAUAAAGGUUGCAGUUCAUAUUGAGUAUAAACUAUUAAAAAUAAUAUUUCUCUGGCAUCCAUAAGAGAUAUUGGGGUGA